AUAACUAUCAAUUUACUGUGGGACUAAAAGCAGCCGCUGGCGUUGGCAAAAUACUCGAGUCGUUAGCUAGACAUCUCUUCAGAAGAGAAGACGAUACCCUCCAAUAUGUCGCUCCUGAGAACUCGGAGGAUUCCUUCCCUUCUCUCUAAGAUUCGGUGCAUGAGCAACAUCCCUGAAAACUCAGUGUACGGUGGGCCAAAGCCGCAGAACCCGAACCAGCGGGUGACUCUAACCCACCUGAGACAAAAACACAAGAAGGGCGAACCCAUCACUGUCGUCACCGCCUACGACUACCCUUCUGCGGUGCACCUCGAUACCGCCGGCAUUGAUGUGUGUUUGGUGGGUGACUCCGCAGCCAUGGUGGUUCAUGGUCACGACACCACAUUGCCAAUCAAUCUCGAUGAAAUGCUCGUCCAUUGCCGCGCGGUUGCUCGUGGUGCCAAGACCCCACUUCUUGUUGGCGACUUGCCUUUCGGAUCUUAUGAGUCCAGCAGCAAUCAGGCAGUGGACACAGCUGUUAGGAUUUUGAAGGAAGGUGGGAUGGAUGCUAUUAAACUGGAGGGAGGGUCACCUUCGCGAGUCACGGCUGCAAAAGCAAUAGUUGAAGCUGGAAUUGCAGUAAUGGGGCAUGUAGGACUGACGCCUCAAGCUAUCAGUGUUCUUGGGGGAUUCAGGCCUCAAGGUAAAAACGUUGCCAGUGCUGUCAAGGUUGUAGAGACUGCAUUGGCUCUGCAAGAGGCAGGGUGCUUUUCAGUUGUUUUAGAAUGUGUUCCUGCACCUGUUGCUGCUGCGGCCACUUCUGCGCUUCGAAUUCCGACCAUUGGCAUUGGGGCAGGACCGUUCUGCAGUGGCCAGGUUCUGGUUUACCAUGAUUUGUUGGGAAUGCUGCAACAUCCACAUCAUGCCAAGGUUACCCCAAAGUUCUGCAAGCAGUAUGCACGUGUUGGAGAUGUGAUUAACAAAGCUCUUUCAGAGUACAAGGAAGAAGUGACAAAUGGUUCAUUCCCUGGUCCUGCCCAUACUCCAUAUAAAAUCUCUGAUACUGAAGUCAGUAACUUCUCUAAUGAGUUACAAAAGUUAGGUUUGGACAAGGCGGCUGCCGCUGCUGCUGAUGUAGCUGAGAAGAUCAAUAUAUCAUCUGAAGAAAGAGACUGAAUUUCGGUGAGUUCAGUAGCUCUCUCUUUUCACGUAUAGAUGAUGAAUAGUCCAACAACAAUAGCAUUUUUCCUACCAUUAGUAGUUAUUACUUAUCAUUAGUUAUAAAGUAUGCAGUUAGCAUAUAACAAACAUUAGAACAUAGAAUCUAAUCAUCUAUGAGCUUCCAAAUUCUGUGAUCGGCAUUUUUUAAGCUGUCAUGUCAGUAGGGAUUGUUUGAUAGGUUAAAAGUAAGGAAGUAUAUUCAUAAGAGUAUGAGAUGGGAUUUACAAUGUUACAAGGAUAACGUUGCUCCCAUAUUUGUCCUCGGUCCAUCCUUUGAUUACAUUCUGAGGGUUGAGAAGGCGGCAAACUUUACAGUAAUAAGGUCCUAAUAUUAUAUUUUGGUUGGAGUUUGUUGAAAA